AGCAGUUUUCUUGUUGGACAGUUCUGUCCAGCAACGAUUCCGUUUCCUCAAACCAUUUCCUAGUAGGACGGGUAUGUGCGUAAAGAGAGAGGAGAAACGUGACGUCACGGAAUAGCUUUGUAACCUUAAACUCUCGUUGGGUUUUUCAGAUUUUAAUCGAAUAUAGAAUUUAUGUCUGUCGUUUUAAUUUCACCAGCGUGUGUUGUCUUUCAUAAAGAAUAUCGUCAUAUAAUGCAAUUGAAUAACGUUGCAUAGUAACAGCAUUCCUGGUUUUGAAAAAAAAAAGAGGAUCAUUUCUAAGGCGUUGAGUUUUAGUCUGAAUAAUAUUUAUUUCCAACUGGAGGAAAAUAUCAAAUUGUAAUGGCAGAAAACAAUUUCCCUCCCCUGCCUGGCUUCAUCCCUCUGAAGCCAUGUUUCUAUCAGGACUUCAACGAGAUCCCAGAUGUACACCGCUCCAUCUGCAAGAAGCUCUACUACCUAUGGAUCUUCAACAGUGCCACCUUGGCGGUCAAUCUGAUUGGCUGCCUGGCGUGGAUGUGCGGCGGGGGCGGAGCCACUAACUUUGGCAUGGCCAUUCUGUGGCUCAUCCUGUUCACCCCCUGCUCCUACGUGUGCUGGUUCAGACCCAUCUACAAGGCCUUCAAGACUGACAGCUCGUUCAACUUCAUGGCGUUCUUCUUCGUGUUCAUGGCCCAGGUGGUGAUCAGCAUCAUCCAGUGUAUAGGCAUCCCAGGCUGGGGCGUCUGUGGCUGGCUGGCUACCAUCACCUUCUUUAGCACCAAUAUAGGCUCCGCUGUAGUCAUGCUGAUCCCCACCAUCAUGUUCACUGCCAUGGCUGUCCUCUCCUUCACCGGGCUCACCAAGGUGCACAACAUGUACCGUGGCACAGGGGGCAGUAUGAGUAAAGCCCAGGAGGAGUGGACCACCGGGGCCUGGAAGAACCCUCACGUCCAGCAGGCAGCGCAGCAGGCCGCUGUGGGGGUGGCGCAGGGAGCCAUGCAGCAGCAACAACCCCAGUACUCACAGGCACCCACCUACAACUACGAUGACCCGGGCAUGUAGGGCAGGGUGGGGGGAGAGGGUGAGGGUGGGAGAGAAGGGGUGAGGAAUAGCCAGGGUGACAGUCUGUUUCUGAUCUCUCGUCAGUUGGCAUGAGAUGAAAAGGGAUGAUCAUCAAAUGAGAAUCACAAUUCACGAUAAACAGUGCCAUUCAGAUAAUUCUUAGAUAACAAUAAUAUAUAUAUUAAAAUGUGUCAUACUGUUUUGAUUUUGCUUCAAAUUCCUAAAUGUAGGAAUAAUAAUUUGACUAAACUUGGAACACCUAUGUCCUGACAUGGACCAGCACUCCUACCAUGCACAUAGUUAUUACACAUAGUAAUAACAUAUUACACACACAUAAGAUUCAUUUAUCUGCUUCCAUGUGCCAGACAGACACUACAACCCUUGCACUGCCCUGUAAUGCUCAUUAGCUUUGAGUAGAAGAACCCAACACAGUCUUACUAGAGCCAUUGCCACGCUUCAAAAAAUAUAUUAGUUUUAGUACAUUUGACUUGACACUCUUAUCCAGAGCAACUUACAAUAGUGAGCAUACAUUUUUGUACUUUAUGUUUGUACUGGUCCCCUGUGGGAUUUGAACCCACAACCCUGGCAUUGCAAGUGCCCUGCUCUACCAACUGAUCCACACAGGGACCUAGUGCAGUAGGUUUGUGAUGUUCUGUCAUGUUUUUGAAAAACAGUUUAUACUUGUUUUUGCAGUACUGUAUUAUUGUCUAGGAUGCAGUUUUGCCACACAGACAUGACAAAAAUGCAGAAAAAUCGUAUUUAAUCAUAUUUAAAAAGGAUUAUCACAAUUUUGUCCAUGUUGAAUUUUGAUUUUGUAUCACUUAGAUUCUCAGGAAUAGACAUCUACUUUGUUUUAGACAUAAAAUGACUUUAUUGUAUUUAUCUGUUUUUAAGAUCUUAGCUAGUUGCUAGAUAGCUAAUAGCUACAUGUUAGUCUGUCUACAGUAGAAAUAGCAGGCGUUCUGUUGGCGUCAUCAACAUUAGCCAUAUUAGAGGUGUUCAAUUCCUCAACAUUUUCAGAUUUAUUUCAGGUUAUGGGGAGUGUAUUUCGAGCGAGCAUGUUAUUCUGUUGACUAUAAGUGAAAUAAUUAAUAGAUGUUUAAUAAUAACAACCAAUUUAAGCACACAUGUACAGUGUUAAGGUUUUACAUAGGAUGGAACAUUCCAGAUAAGUCUAUGACUACCGUAACCCAGUUAAGAAUUUAGACUAGGUGAACCAAAAUCGUUCCGUCUGUAAAGGAGCAGAGACUUCUGUCUGUAAGGGCCAGAUAGUUCUGUCUAUAGGGGGCAGAUAGUUCUGUCUGUAAGGGCCAAAUAGUUCUGUCUGUAAGGGCCAGAUAGUUCUGUCUGUAGGGGGCAGAUAGUUCUGUCUGUAAGGGCCAGAUAGUUCUGUCUAUAGGGGGCAGAUAGUUCUGUCUAUAGGGGGCAGAUAGUUCUGUCUGUAAGGGGCAGAUAGUUCUGUCUAUAGGGGGCAGAUAGUUCUGUCUAUAGGGGGCAGAUAGUUCUGUCUAUAGGGGGCAGAUAGUUUUGUCUGUAAGUGGCAGAUAGUUCUGUCUAUAGGGGGCAGAUAGUUCUGUCUAUAGGGGGCAGAUAGUUCUGUCUAUAGGGGGCAGAUAGUUCUGUCUAUAGGGGGCAGAUAGUUCUGUCUGUAAGGGGCAGAUAGUUCUGUCUAUAGGGGGCAGAUAGUUCUGUCUAUAGGGGGCAGAUAGUUCUGUCUAUAGGGGGCAGAUAGUUCUGUCUGUAAGGGGCAGAAGGGAAUUAUGGAAACAAUGGAGCAUUUACAAAACGUAGUAUUAAUUCCCCAUUGAAGAUAUAGUAUUUGCUAUUUGUAGAUGGACAGAUGUUAGAUGUUAUGAAUGUUUAUUCCCAUUGGUCAAUCCUCUCACUAAUCCUAAAGUGAACCCUGUGAAGCAAAUGCUUAAAAAAAAGAGAGAAAAAAGACUACAUUACCCAGGGGGCAAAUCUGGUUGUAAUGAUGUCAUCGUGACAUCAUUUCAAACAGUUUUGCCUGCUGGGUAAUGGUGGAGUUUAACCUUUACAAGUGAAAACAUAAAAUGUGGCUGUCAACGUUAGUACAUGAGUAUAGAUGUGAUAUGGUAUAUAUAGAAAACAUCGAAUAUUGUUUAUACAAACAUCUCAUUUUAUGAACUGAAACGGGAAGAAAAUAACUGUCAAGCCGUUAUGAGUAUCGAUGCUUUCAUUUAGAGAUGGAACUACUGCAUAGCUACACUUGACUGCAGUGGAAAAUGUUUUAGUCUCAAGAAGUUAACUCUGAAAAUGUAAAAGAUGGAUAUUACAAAAAUGUGUAAUACAAUAUUAGACUUGAAACAAAUGUGAAGAUGUGUACAUGAAUGCCAGAUAUUUCAACAAAAAAAAACUGUGAAUUGUCUUGUCUGAUUGUGUGAUGAUGUUCAAUAUGAUUUUCUUUUAAAUAUUUCUCAAAACUUUUUUUGUUGUUGUUGUACUUUUCCUGUAUAUGUUCUAGAAGGUAUGUGAGGCAGAGUGUGUAUGCAGCUCUGCUCUUUCUGUCUCUCCAUGGUUGUUGGUAUUAUAGGUGUAUAAAAGGCUUCUAAUGGG